CUCUUAGAGAGUAUAAGUAACACGCCUACAGGGUUCUAUAGCUGAUCUGAAAGUAAGCAGGUUAUCCUUAUGGCGAAUAUAACAACACUGAUUCAGCUGGCCCUCAAUAUUACACCACUGGCCACUGAUGGUCUGUUUACACUUCCCACUGAGUCGCAUUUGUAUGGUCAUCAUGACGCUUGGUCGGUUGUCAAAAGUAUCUUUCCUGUUUACCUUUGGCGUGUAUCUAACCGGUCUGCGAUGAAUCAAAAUGUCCCAUGCAUACGAUCUCAGUAUUUGACAACCUACACAAACCGUACAGCUCAACGAACCCUCGAGUUUUAUUCAGCAACUAAUAGAUCCGCAGAAGGAAAUUCAACAGGAAUUCAAAUAAAUGACACACUGUCAGCAAACAUUUCCCUGGAUGCAAGCGAAAAACUCACACUUGGUGUCAACGUAACAUCGUUCGUACAAAACUUCCAGCAAGUCCAGGAAGGGCCGGAAGCUGUGGAUGAAACAUGAACAGCACAGCCAAGUACUAAAAUGUGUACAACUUUACAGAGCAUUUGGUAAAGAAAGGACUUCCGAAGCACAGAAAACAGAUAGUGUUUAAAAACUGCGUCAACAAAAAUAUUGGCUUAGCGAAAAAGGAAUAUUACGACACUUUGUUUAAUUCCUCUCAAGGGAGUUCUGAAAGAAGUUCAGCUGUGUAAAAUAAUAAAACCUUUAAUUCAUCACGUACCCAAAUCCCUUACUAUACAAGUUAAAGCGGGAUUGAGUUAAAUGGUUCUGAGCUUUAUAAUACUUUAAUGAACUUUUUGUCUGUUUUAACCCCCUUGUCUAAGAAUUAGCAUGUCACGUAAAUAAAAUAUAACGUAGUUUUGCCUUUCAUUAAGCUAAAUAACAGUAAGCCCCUCGAUGUGUAAGGACUACAUAUUAAAUCAGGUAAAUAUGCUAUUGAUAU